AGCAAAAUUGCUCAAUAAAAGCAACUGGAUGUUCUAUAUUUUCAUUCAGACUACGCAAUGCACGCACGCAUGCGCACUAAUGCAUGCUCACUGAUGCGUGCGGUGUGCUCGGACUGUAAACAGCUUAAGCAGGCGUCAAAACUCUUCUCCCUGUAUAUUACUGUUGUUAUAUAUUCUUCCAUUAUUAUUGCUCGAAUCUAAUAUAAUAAAAUAUAACUCGUGAGGCAAAAUUGAAGUUAUAAAGAUGAUAAGUGUAUAUUGAAUUUAUUCCAACAGAAGCUGAGCCUGAGAGUGAACCUGUUGUUGGAUUAAAAUUAUUCAGAGAUGUGUGAUUGGUCUAUGGACAUGUGUCUAUUGCUGAUAGACCUUUAUGAGCGGCAUCCAGUAUUGUGGGACCCUAAGCAUUAUUACUAUUAUUCUAAGAAGAAGAAGUUGGAUGCAUGGGAGGCAAUAGCACAAAGUAUGAAUCUUGAUGUCAAACUUGUACGACAGAAGAUGGUCAGCUUACUUGGUUCUUUUCGGGCUCAGAAGAGCAAAGGCAAGAAGUCAAUAGGAACUGGAGCAAAUAAGAGGGAUGUUUACAUUUCCAAAUGGUUUGCAUUUGAAAGAAUGCAUUUUCUACUAGACAAAGAUGAACCUAGAAAUAACACUCAUGCUGAAGCAGGUAAUUCGGAUCUGACAAAUGAAUCUGGUCCUUCGUCACCUCUAUCAGAUGAGUAUUAUCACGAACCCACAACCAUCAUAGAAACACACGAUGAUUCCCAUGUGAUGUUACUAGACAACGAUCAAAGUAACUUGACACUGGAUGAGACAGAUGAUUGCAACAUGUUGGAUAAAGAAACUAGAGGUUCUAAGCGGUCAAGAAAGAUGAAAGACAGUCAUAGAGUUGAACAAUCAUUUGAUGUUCUGCAGGAUACACACAUGUAUCCGUACGCGGCCGGGCGAGCACAAUUUAUGCCGCUUCAGGAUCGUUUCUCCACGUAUGGGGAACACGUGGCGAAUAAACUACGCACAUAUAGCACGAGGACUCAGGCAAUCGUCGAGCAUGCGAUAAACAAUAUCCUUUUCGAGGCGGACAUGGGUAACUACGAGAAAUUUGAAGCGGACGAUCCAAUGAUCUACAAUCAUUUCCUCAAAUGUCCCGUGGUGUCGUCCAGCACGGCCUCGUGUCACAAGUCUGAGCCGUCGUAACACGACUGACUAUUCAUAAGUUUACACUGCCGUAAUACAAGAUCACUCAUAAAUGUGAACAGAAAGUGUAUACUAUUGGACAAGUCAUUGACAUGAAUCAAGUCUGAUAUCGAUUCGCUGUGUACGCACUUGUAUGUGCACGAUAUAUGAAAGAGAUAUUUGUAUAUAUAUAUUAUCACAUAAUUAUAUAUACUCUAGUACAUAUAUAGCUCAUAAGACAACUUUUAGUUUGAAAUAAAACUAAAAGCUGAUUUGA